ACGAUUUACUAUGGCGUAUUCAUCCAUUCAUUGUCAGCGCGGGAAUUGCAAGUGCUCGAACAUGCAUUAGUAGCCGUUUCCGGUGAUGGAGUAAUCGUUUGGGUAGAAGAAAAUGUUCCUCCCAGCGCGAUUGCCGAAUCGAGCCUCAGCCAUGGCUGGGACAUAUCCGAGGUCGAGAUUGUCCGGACUUCCGAGGGAGAGUGGAUCAUGCCCGGCUUCAUAGACACGCAUACACAUGCCCCACAGUUCCCGAAUUUGGGAAGGGGACAAGAAUAUCAGUUAUUGGAUUGGCUAGAGUGCAUUACUUUUCCAACAGAGGCGCGAUUUUCAGAUGUGAAUUAUGCCAAGGUAGCCUACGAAUCCGUGAUUUCUCGUACUCUGAACGUCGGGACAACAACAUCUUGCUACUAUGCUACUCUGCACACUGAGUCAUCCAAGGUACUGGCAGACAUUGCACACCAAAAAGGCAUGCACUUUAUCAAUACACACCGAAUGUUAUGCUGUUAUGCUUACUGUCCCUCAGGACAGCGUGCAUUUAUCGGUAAAUGCAACAUGGAUCGCAACAGCCCGUCUAACUACAUCGAAGAGAGCGUAGAAAAGUCCAUUUGUGGUACUCGAGACCUGAUAGAACAUAUUUCCAAACUAGAUUCUCCCUCGGAAAUCGCCAAACCGGGAUAUUUUCCCUUAGUCCAGCCGAUCAUCACGCCCCGAUUUGCGAUUAGCUGCACAGACGAGCUCCUUUCAGCCAUGGGGAAGCUCUUCGCCGAACGGCCCCCCAUCCCUCUUCAAACUCAUCUCUCUGAGAAUACUGCCGAAGUUUCCGACACAUUGAAGUUGUUCGAGCAUCUCAAUCCCCCGUCGGAUUGCUUACCUCCGUCGCACCCCAAAGACAAACAUACUUACACAUCAGUCUAUGAUCAUUUCGAUUUGCUGGAUCAUCGAACUAUCCUUGCACAUGGGGUCCAUUUGAGCGAAGGAGAGUUGGAUCUAAUCGUUGCUCGUAAAGCAGGAUUGAGCCAUUGUGCGGGAAGCAACUUCAACCUACGAAGUGGAGUGGCGAGCGUAGGGAAGUGGCUUGACAAAGGCAUUAAAGUGGGUCUGGGGACGGACGUCUCAGGUGGUUUUGCGCCAUCCAUUCUCAACGAAAUUCGCCAUGCCAGCAUUGCGAGCAAAGUUCGCGCCAUGAUGGAUAAUCCUGACUCCAAGAAACCGAGCUUUAGGGACCCACAGGGGCUUUCAGUCCCCACACUUUUAUAUCUUGCUACGCUCGGCGGGGCGUCUCUGUGCAACCUUUCUGAUCGCGUUGGAUCGUUUGUUGUGGGCAAGGAGUUUGAUGCACUUUUCAUUUCUCUCUCUAAACCCACUAGCAAAGCCAACCCCGCCAUUUGGCACGAGGCGGGAAAGAAAGAGGACUUUAAGAUCAUGCUUGAAAGAUUCUUCUUUUGCGGGGAUGAUCGCAAUAUCAGAAGAGUGUGGGUACAGGGUAAGCUGGUAGGAGGCGUGGAUAAGACAUGA